AUGCUCAUUCCUACAACAUUAGGGACGUUGUUCGCGACUUAUCCAAUUUAUGCGACCGUUAUUGGGACAGUCGCUUAUGCCUAUGUAGUCAAGAAGCUUCAAGCAAAGUUGCGUAAUCGAAAUCCAAACAGACUCCCAUUACCCCCAGGUCCGAAAGGCUAUCCAAUAAUUGGCAGCGUUCUCCAGGUGCCGCACAAAAAUCCUUGGUUGGUAUAUGACCAAUGGUUUAAGAAAUACGGCGACAUGGUCUACUUUGAAGCUCUUGGACAACCCUUCCUUGUUCUUGGGUCUCUUAAAAGGACAAAUGACUUGUUUGAGAAACGAUCGUCCAAUUAUUCAGACAGACUUCGGUUACCUAUGCUUAUUGAACUCAUGGAAUCGGAUUUCAACUUUGCCAUGCAACCCUACGGACAAUGGUGGAGACGUCACCGAAGAUUAUUUAAUGAACAUUUCCACAGGAAGGCUAUCGCAAACUACCUUCCAAUACAACUUCAUGAAACUAGAGUGCUGCUUCAGCGUCUGCUUUUUUCGCCUGAAGGUUUCAUGAAACAUAUUGAAUUAGCCUUCGGCGCCACAAUCAUGACCGUGGCCUAUGGCAUUAAGGUCAAGGAGUCUGGCGACCCAUAUCUGGCAACUGGCCACGAGUCUCUAAAUGGAUUAGCGGCAGCUGGUAUCCCUGGCUCAUUUUUGGUGGAUAUGAUACCCUCUCUUAAAUAUAUCCCUUCUUGGUUCCCUGGAGCUGGGUUUAAGAAGAAGGCUGCUCAUUGGAGAAAAGUGAAUGAGGAUCUCGCCAAAGUACCAUUCAAACACGUCGAACAAGAAAUGGAAAAGGGAGAUGCAGUACCAUGUCUAACCACAGCCUUAAUCGAAGGGCUACCCGAUAAGAGGGACCCAAGCUAUGCAGAAGCGCGCAAGAUUGCGGAGAAUAUUAGUGCUGUAUCAUAUGUUGGUGGGGCAGAUACUACCGUCUCAACCGUUCAGGCUUUCAUUAUGGCGAUGGUACUAUACCCCGAAGUGCAGAAGAAAGCACACGCCGAAUUGGACGCCGUUCUUGGCGGUAAACGUCUUCCGGAUUUCGAUGACAGACCUUCUCUCCCCUACAUUAAUGCGAUGGUCAUGGAGAGUAUGCGCUGGAAUCAGGUCACGCCGCUAGGUAUGGUGUUGCUGCACAUACAAGUUGUGCACAAGUACUCACAUUGA